AUGUCCUCUCCCAAAGUCUGGUUCAUAACGGGGACGUCCUCGGGAUUUGGAAGACUCAUGACAGAGUAUGCCCUCGACACCCUCGACAAAGGAGACAUCGUAGUAGCAACCCUCCGCAAACCACAAGUCCUAUCCGAUCUUGCAGCCCGAUACCCAGCAGACAAGCUCCUCGUACUCAAAGUCGACGUCACAAAGCAGGAAGACAUCGAUGAAGCAUUCACGCGUACGCGUUCAGCGUUCGGACGGCUGGCUUUAUGA